CAGGUAGGAACUGUGUUUAUGUGGGCAUCGUUGCCUAUCGGACUGUUUUGUUUGGUGCGCUACGAUAUGGCGCUACACUGUGGGAAAACAUGCCGGCAAUAUUUAUUGCAUUUAGCACACGACAGUGUCGACUUCAGAUUGCCGGAGAUCAAAUCAUUGCUUUCUCUUGUGGGUCGGCAGUGUGUUCCAACAGAAUCCUUCAAUGAAAGGUCACCCUUUUGGCGCCUGCAUGGUCUAUCAGAGGAUGACGUGAGGAGUGUGAUGGCAAGAACAGUUUGUGCCAAGUCUGCAUUUGAGCUUUGGGGUCAUGGAAGAACAGUCUCAGAGCUGAAGUCGUCAGUACUGGAAUAUCCCACAGAGAGCAUGAUGCCGUUUCUACAACAAGAAUCAACAUACAAAAUUAAUGUCUACACUUUCAACAAGACUUUAGUGUUCACAGACAGAAUAGAGAAGAUAGAUGCCUUGGACUUUCUCCCUUUUCAAGGUAAAGUCAAUCUGAAGGAUCCAGAUCACAUUUUCUGUUUAUUAGAAGACUAUGGAUUGGAUCCUAAUAACAUUCCUGACGAGCCAUUCUACAUGUAUUUUGGAAGAUUUAUUGCAGAUGGGCAGAGAGAACUAAUCCGCUCCCACAGCGUGAAGAAGAGGCACUUCAUUGGAAACACCAGCAUGGACGCAGGCCUUUCUUUUAUAAUGGCAAAUCAUGGCAAAGUAAAAGCUCAUGAUUUGGUGUAUGAUCCUUUUGUUGGAACAGGUAGUCUCCUUGUAGCAUGCUCACACUUUGGAGCUUAUGUGUGUGGCACAGACAUCGAUUAUAACACUAUACAUGGAGUAGGGAAAGCCAGCAGGAAGAAUCAGAAAUGGAGAGGUCCAGAUGAGAAUAUCCGAGCGAACCUGCGGCAGUACGGGACAGAGUGCUUUUAUGUGGAUGUCAUGGUGUCUGACGCCUCAAAACCUGCAUGGAGGAAAGGGGCCUUGUUUGACGCCAUUAUUACAGACCCUCCGUACGGAAUUCGUGAAUCAACAAGGCGGACGGGUUCUCACAAAGAGAUCACGACUCCUCCUGAGACUUUUGCUGGUGAGAGUCAUGUCCCUGUUUCCAUGGAAUACCAUCUAAGUGACAUCUUUGCUGACCUCCUGAAUUUUGCAGCUCAUCACUUGGUCCUUGGCGGACGCCUGGUUUACUGGCUACCGGUUUACAGACCAGAGUACUGUGACGAGAUGGUGCCGUCACAUCCCUGCCUCACACUUAUCAGCAACUGUGAGCAGACUCUGUCCAGCCACACAUCUCGAAGGCUUAUCACUAUGGGGAAGACCAAGGAACCAGAGAAGGCAGAUAUGCUAGCACAGUUAGCAGACCCACGCUUCAACCCAUACCAAGGCCAUAACUCCUUCAGGGAGAAAUACUUUAGUGGCAUCACCAAAAAGAACGGAAAAGGCAGCGGAAAAGAACUGCAUCAAACAAAGGAGAAUGAUGGAUGAAAUUUAAGUUUUGAAAUGAGCAUAUUUAUACUGUGUAUUUGUUUUAAUACCGUUCUUUGUAAUUUCAUUUUCUGACUUCUUUUAAAACUUGCAUUACCUCAGAAUGUGAUUUCAAUUAAAAAAGCAUGCUUCUUGUCUGUUUUUUAAAUGUGCUUUCAUUUAUAUCUUACCUCAGGCCAGCCCGAAGGGAUCUGAUGUUAUUUAUUACUGCAUUAUUGUUGAGUAUUUAGAUAAAGUGUGAAAGGGAUUGCAGUAAUCCCUUUCACGUAGCAAAUGCAGCAAUGAUGUAGAGGCGGUUUCACCUACUGUACAUUGUGGGAGGAUGAUGGACUGCUGCUUCCUGUUGUAUGAACUUAGUUAAGAUAGCUGAUUAAUGAAUCACUUUUGAAUUUAACUCCAAGAAAAUCAUUUGGGAGACUUAUGUUCAACAUAAAUUUGAUCCAUGAACAUUAAGGAAAGCAAUGGUUCUUCUUUGGUUGGACAUUAAUCUAAUAUUAUAAAUCAAAAGGAUGCAUAUCCAAGUGUUUCUGCAAGGAUUGUAUUCAGGUAGAAGUCGUUUUGUACAGGCUUGCAUUACUGCAAGUA